UACAAUUUUAUUCGUUGUUCCAUUAUUUUGUUUCACUGGUCACUGUGUGCUGUGCGCUCUUUUAGUUUAGUGGUUUAGUCUUUACUCUUUAGUCGUUUAGUGUGUUACCUGAAGUUGUUGUGUUCUGUUAUACUUUCUUGUUGACAUAUCGGAUGUGUGUGAUUAAGCCUGAUAGUUAUUUAAUUUGUUAAACUGUUAUUAUUAUUAAUAUAAUUAUUACCGAAAUGUUUAGAGUUUAACUAUAAAUCGCGUUAAUUAUAAUUUUUAUUGUUUUUUUUUUUUUUUUUUAACGAAUACGAUAAAGGUUUGAAAAUUAAAAAUGAAUACUCCAUUUGUUGAAGGAUGGGAUAUUGUUCAAAUAUUGGGCGAAGGGACAUUUGGCGAAGUAAAACUUUUAGUAAAUCAACGGACUCGAGGCUUUGUAGCCAUGAAAACAGUUGAUUUACAAAACUAUUCUAAUGCAUUGGCUAUGGUAAAAAAAGAAGCAGCAAUACAUUGCCGAUUGAAUCAUCCAAGUAUAAUAAAAUAUUAUGGACAGCGUCAUUGUAAAGAUAAUUAUUAUAUUUUUUUAGAAUAUGCAUCUGGAGGUGAACUAUUUGAUCGAAUUGAACCUGAUGUUGGAAUGCCAUUGUCUGAUGCUAGAAAGUUCUUCAAAGAGUUGAUUGCUGGAGUUGAGUAUUUACACAGUAAUGGUAUAGCACAUAGAGAUUUGAAACCAGAAAAUUUAUUAUUAGACGCAUAUGGAAAUUUGAAAAUAAGUGAUUUUGGGUUGGCUACAUUAUUUUCAUAUGGUGAAAAACGGCGUAAACUAGAUAAGAAUUGUGGAACUCGGCCUUAUUUAGCUCCAGAAGUUCUUUCACUUUUGCCUUAUCAAGCAGAACCUUCCGAUAUUUGGUCAUGUGGUAUUAUAUUGGUUUCAAUGCUCGCUGGAGAGUUACCUUGGGAUAUGCCAUCUGAUAAUGAUGAAGAUUAUAAAUUGUGGAAAACCACUGACUAUGCUAAUCAUUCACCAUGGUGCAAAUUGGAGACUUUAGCCUUAUCUCUAGUAAGAAAGAUAUUAACACCAACUCCAUCUAAAAGAUAUGAUAUAUCACAGAUUCAAUCACAUCAUUGGUUCAAAAAGUCAGAAACUUCUGAUAAUAAAAAAGUUGGGAUUUCUGUUCGGUCUGACAGUGAUUCAGACGAUGGCCGUCAAUGUUUUUCUCAACCAGCCCCAUCAGCUAUUUCGUCUGUUACAUCAAUGUCAUUAAGUGAAUCUGAAAUACACUCAUUUUCUCAGCCAACACAGGUUGACAAUCUGCUGCUUUCUUCACAACUUUUAACAUCGCAGACCAUUUCUACACCACCAAAUAAUUCUAUACAGAAAUUAGUCAAAAGAAUGACUAGAUUUCUUGUUUGUUUGUCGCCGGAAGAAGCAUUAACCAAUUUAUCACUGUUUCUUGAUGAUUUGGGAUAUACAUGGAAAAUUAACACACCUAGUUUAAUUACAAUUACUACUACAGAUCAGCGCUUAGUGUUUAAAUCUAAUGUAAUUCCAAUGAAUCAUCAAACUCUGAUUGACUUCAGACUUUCAAGAGGCUGUGGUUUAGAAUUUAAGCGCCAUUUUGUUUCCAUUAAAAAUGCAAUGUCUAAGUUGAUUUCCAAAGUUCCAUUUCUGUGGCCUACUGCUACUCAAACUGAAAUUGUACCAUAAGCUAGUAUUAUGAGUACAAAUAAGACUGAUUUAUAAUAGCUUGAUUGAAAGUAAUUUUACUUAUUUUACUCCUAAUUUAGAAUAACAAUAAUGUAAAUUAUUACAA